GCAACGAAUUUGUGCAACUCUUAGAUAUCUCGCCCUGGCUCUUCAAAUUCAUCUCUGUUGAUCCCACGAUGUCUGUAGGGCGAGGCAUCCAAGAGUUGCAUGUCUCAUUUUUAUUUACAGAUGUAGGAGUGGCCUUCAAGGUUCAAACCCCACAGGCCACAGGACACUUCACCUCAGCUUUUGCCCAAUCCAAAGCUUGAAGCGGGGGACUCGACAAUAGUCUUGUUUUUCUCUUUCUCUCCGUCCAUCGCUCGUUCUCCAUCACUGUCCUUGAUCCAUGGCUGCUGCCCAUCUCUCUUCUUUCUCGUCGUCUGUAGAAAACACUCAUCUUUUCUCUCCAUUCCCAUCUCAGAAGCCUCUGUCUCUCUCUACUAAAACCCUACAAAACCCCUCCUUUUCCUCCAAAUCCGCCUCCUCUCACACCCAUAAAAACCCUUUUAAGCUCUCAUCCAAGAAACCCAUCGCAGAUAUAAUUUCCUCUUCAAGAGACCCAGAUGAUCGUUUUAUCAACUACGAUGAUAACGAUAAGCCCAGAGAGGAAUGUGGCGUUGUAGGUAUCUAUGGCGAUCCUGAAGCCUCCAGGCUUUGCUAUCUUGCCCUCCAUGCCCUGCAACACCGUGGCCAGGAAGGCGCCGGUAUCGUCACUGUUCACGACAACGUUCUUCAAUCUAUUACAGGCGUCGGCCUUGUUUCCGACGUCUUCAAUGAAGCCAAGCUCGAUCAACUCCCUGGUGAAUUCGCGAUUGGGCAUGUCCGAUAUUCUACUGCCGGCGCUUCCAUGCUUAAGAACGUGCAGCCCUUCGUCGCUGGCUACCGAUUUGGGUCUGUUGGGGUUGCACACAAUGGCAACUUGGUGAAUUAUCGCUCCCUCCGGACCAUGCUCGAAGACAAUGGUUCCAUAUUCAAUACUAGUUCUGAUACAGAGGUUGUUCUCCAUCUGAUUGCGAUAUCAAAAGCCCGGCCUUUCUUUCUCAGGAUCGUCGAUGCUUGUGAGAAGCUCGAGGGUGCGUACUCCAUGGUUUUCCUGACAGAAGACAAACUUGUUGCGGUACGUGACCCAUUCGGAUUCCGACCUUUGGUCAUGGGGCGAAGGAGCAAUGGUGCUGUUGUGUUUGCCUCCGAGACCUGCGCGCUUGAUCUGAUUGAAGCUACUUACGAGCGGGAGGUGAAUCCCGGAGAAGUUUUGGUGGUAGACAAAGAUGGGAUUCAAUCACUUUGCUUGAUGCCUCACCCCCAGCCGAAGGCCUGCAUUUUCGAGCAUAUUUACUUCUCUUUACCGAAUUCUGUGGUCUUUGGCCGGUCAGUUUACGAAUCCCGGCAUGCAUUUGGGGAGAUACUAGCUACUGAAGCUCCAGUAGACUGCGAUGUUGUGAUAGCUGUACCAGAUUCUGGGGUGGUUGCUGCACUUGGAUAUGCAGAGAAAUCUGGAGUUCCGUUUCAGCAGGGGCUUAUUAGGUCACACUACGUUGGAAGGACAUUCAUCGAACCUUCACAGAAGAUCAGGGACUUUGGGGUGAAGCUCAAGCUUGCACCUGUCCGGGCGGUAUUGGAGGGGAAAAGGGUUGUGGUUGUGGAUGACUCAAUUGUAAGAGGAACCACGUCCUCAAAGAUUGUUAGAUUGAUCAAAGAGGCUGGAGCGAAGGAGGUUCACAUGAGGAUUGCAAGCCCACCAAUCAUUGGGUCUUGUUAUUACGGUGUAGAUACACCAAGCUCAGAGGAGUUGAUUUCAAAUAGGAUGAAAGUGGAGGAAAUUAGAGAGUUUAUUGGGUCUGAUUCUCUUGCUUUCCUUCCACUGGAGAGCUUGAGAAAUUUGCUUGGAGCCGAUGCUCCUAACUAUUGCUAUGCUUGCUUCUCUGGGAAGUACCCUGUUCCACCAAGGGAGGUUAAGGUGAAACGGGUGGGCGAUUUUAUGGAUGAUGGAUUGAAUGGGAAUAUAGAAUCUAUAGACGGAGGAUGGAUUCAAACUUCUAGAAAUGUUACAAUGGGGAAAGCAAAUGGACCAAGGUAGCGAUCAUCGUCAUGAUGAAGAUUUCCUCUGCAUCAGUCCCUGUUUAUGGGAUUUUCCCAUUUCUAUGAAUAGGAGCUACCUUUCAGAGGCAGGGUCCAGGCAUCAGAUGUUUCACAUGAGUUUGGGGUAAUCUACAAUCAGUAAGGAUGAGACUCUGUUAUGCUUGGAUCUUCAAAAGUGGUUGCCAAAGUUGAAUGCCCUGGUACAAGUAAUUCAGUCAACUGGCUCCAAGAAUAACAUCAGAUGGUUCACAAGAGUUUGGGGUAACAAAUUCUUUAUCCAGUGGAUGGUUAAUGGAAAAUAACUUUUUUGCUAGAAGUAUUUAAUGGUAUUUACUAGUUUCUGAACAAACUCUGGCUUAGCUAUUUUUUCUAAAUCCUGUGAUCCUUCACCUGUAAUUGAUGGAUGUUUUAACCCAUCU